AACAAAAACCGAGUGUACAGAGAGUUUCAAUCGAAAGGAGGAGUGUUAAAAAGAGGGUUUGCCUACAAAGCGGCAGCAUCGUGUGUGUAUUACUCAACUUCCGGCAACGGCUCGAGUGUUGUACGUCAGGUUUACAAAACAACGGACCGCAGUUUGUUUAAUAUUCCGUGCAUUCUACAAAUGAUUUAUCGACACUAUCCCCACGCAAACAAUUUAGUGAUAUAUUCGCAUUUGUUGAAACUGACAAGUAAAUUAGUGGAACCAAGAGGUGAGAAAGUAAACAAUCGAUAAACAUAAGUUGCGCUACAACCGGAAACACGGAUAUCUCAUAAGGCUGAUUUGUGAAUAUAACGGAAACCAAACUACGCGAUAACGAAACAAAACCUACAAAACUAUAAAAAAACGAAAGUGAACAGAUUAGAGCCCCAGUGCUCCCCUAGGAUAUUGAGAUAAAACAAUUAAGCGAAUGGUGUAACACUAGAAAAAGUCCUGCAUAACCGUUUCAUCUAAUCGCCGCUAAACCGCGCUCGGUGCAGGAACAACACUUUAUUAUCCAAGAAACCAAAGGUUACUGCUCUGUUCAUUGCGUUCCUGGACACGAGCCAUUACCAAUGAACUAAUAUGUGCAUUGAUCUAGUAUCCGAAAACCUCGAUUGGUGAACUGUAAAGAAGAAAGCAAACCCGUUCCAUUCCCCGGACCAUAUCAAAUCGCGAGUGUCACAAAUCGAUCAACAAUAGUAUUGCUUCCGGCUGUCCGGCGUAAAACGAGCACGAAAAGUUGGCGUUUCGCGUUUCGUGGACCAUAGAAAACGUUUGAAGCAAUUGUUAAACACUACGACACAGUUGGGAUAGAACUUGUUUACGACAGGUGACUAUCUAAGUUUGGCCGUUUAAAGUAAUCAGUCAACACUUUUCGAUAGAACAAGCGUCUCAACACUGUACGAGCGUUAUGGGAAGCCAAACGAAGCCCUUCCGAUCCACUGACGCAUCGUUCAUGGAUUACGUUGCAUACGGUGCUCCGCGUAGUGAUGUGUUCUUCAGCGGUCAACCUGCGAACCAACCUUCUGGCCCGAGGGCUCCGGUAAACCCUUCUAAUGUGUUCCCACCGAUUGGUACGUUCAGCUUGGAGUCGAACCAACCUCCGGCGCAAAGUGUUUUCGGUGGCGGAGAUGUGAGCGUGUUAGGUAAUGCAGGAACGUCCGGGUCGAUCGGUGUGUUUAACGCCAAUGCGAUUAUGAGUGUCCCGAACAGCAUGGGAGGAACAUCAAGCAAUCCUUUUUCGAACAACCAACCAAGCAACGGAGCCGACACCAGUCAGGGAACCCGUGAAACUGGUAUCAUUGAAAAACUUCUCCAUUCGUACGGGUUUAUACAGUGCUGUGAGCGACAGGCUAGACUGUUUUUUCACUUUUCGCAAUUCGGAGGUAAUAUUGAGCAUCUAAAAAUUGGCGAUCCAGUAGAAUUCGAGAUGACGUACGACAGACGCACCGGGAAACCGAUCGCUAGCCAGGUCACGAAAAUUGCCCCCGAAGUAGUCCUCUCGGAAGAGCGCGUCACUGGGACUGUUACAACGGAACUUAAAAGCGAAUCGUCCGGCAACAGCACGUCUACUUCGAGCGACACCACGACCGGGAGAAUCAGUUAUGAAAAUCGCGGCGAAUGUUUCUUCCUACCCUAUACCAAAGACGACGUCGAAGGCAAUGUUACACUACGUGCCGGAGACAAGGUUAGCUUUCAGAUAGCUACUAAUCAAAGGGGAAAUUUAGGAGCUUGCCACAUACGGCUUGAAAAUCCAGCCCAUCCGGUUAAGUACCGUGGCGUUGUUUGCUCGAUGAAAGAUACUUUCGGUUUCAUCGAGCGGGCGGAUGUUGUAAAGGAAAUCUUUUUUCAUUUCUCCGAAACGGACAAUACCAUUGAGCUUCGUCCCGGUGACGACGUUGAAUUUAUUAUUCAAACUAGAAACGGAAAGGAAGUUGCUUGCAAUAUCGCUCGCUUAGCACCGGGAUCUGUCAUUUUCGAGGACGUUGAUUCAACCAUCUACAAGGGCCAAGUCUUGAAGCCGCUGGACCGAAACAAUCCGGCACGACAGCAAAACAACGAUCCUCUGCCGGGCCGCAUACGCUACCGUGCAGCCGAUCACUCGGAGGUCGAGGUGUCCUUUGGUGAUAAAGAUCAAAAAGGAGACUACACCUUGCGUCACGGCGACUGGGUGCAAUUUUUGCUAGCCACUGAUCGGCGUGAUCAGUUGCAACGUGCUACAUCGAUUUCAUUGCUGGACGAAACAUUCCAAGUGAGCGGCGAAAAACGAGAGCAAGGUGUAGUGGCGUCCCUGAAGGAAGGAUUUGGUUUUUUGCGCUGUGUUGAGCGAACCGUAAGAUUGUUUUUCCACUUCACCGAAGUAUUGGAUACGAGCCGCGAAAUUUGUGUUGAUGAUGAGGUUGAGUUUACGGUCAUCCAGGAUCCAGGAUCAAGCUUUGCCAACAAUCGACAGAGUGCAAUUCGUAUCAAACAUUUGCCCGCCAGUACGGUGAAGUUUGAGACGCUGAUCGAAAGCAAUGUCGACGGCAUCGUGUCACGGGAGGCACCUAAAAGCCCCAUCAAAUCGCAAGAACGCACCGAAGGUGGUGUUAUAACCUAUGGCGAUGGUCAAACCAAAAAGACUAUAAUGUAUUUCUUGAAAGAUUGUGAUAAGCCACCGCGUGUGGGUGAUAAAGUAAGAUUCAAUAUUUGUCAGGUUAAAAGAAAUAAAGAACUCAUCGCUACAAACAUCCAGGAGAUUACAUCUAAUACACAACAAAUUCAACAACCGUCACAACAAGUUUCUUUAGUUGCUGAGGGACAACAGCUUUCUAUAACGAUGCACCAAACAUCUCAAUCACCAACGGAAGGACUUACGAAUGGUACCAGAGCUAAUGGAAACUCCAUUCUGAAGUCUAACUAUACAAACGGUAAUAUUAAACCUGGAAACAUUCACCAAGGAUUCAUUGCAGUCUUGAAGGAGAACUUCGGAUUUAUUGAAACCGUAGAACACGACCAGGAAGUGUUUUUCCAUUUCAGUAACUUCGUGGGUAACAGUAACACACUGGAGUUAGGUCAAGAGGUAGAAUAUACGCGCUCUACGCGCAAUGCCAUGAACACAGGCAACUGUAUUCCUGCGGAAAAUGUUAAAGUUCUACCGAAGGGAACCAUAGUUCAAUCGAAGGUUUUGCCAGAGAAUUUUAAUGGUUCGGUGGUUCGCCCGUUGAGAUGCAUAAACCCAGACCAGGAGGAAUACUGUGGUUUAGUGCAAGUAAAAAGCGAACAAGGCGAUUCACUUUCAACUCAUGAAUUUGGCAUAACGAGCUUGAAAAACAAACGUGAUUUACUUCAGAAGGACGACGUCGUUACGUUUAAAAUCGAUGAAUUGAGCCGUGCAAUGGAAAUUGCUCCGGUUCGCACGAAGAAACAGGCCAAAGUAGAUUCCAUUAAGGGACAGUUCGGUUUUCUCGAUUUCGAGGUGGAUGAGGGCAAGAAGUUGUUUUUCCACAUGUCAGAAGUUCAGGCCAACGCCAAUCUGUAUCCGGGUGAUUUUGUGGAAUUCUCUAUUGUUACUAACCAACGUAAUGGAAAAACGUCAGCCUGUAACGUUAUCAAACUGAUCGAUGCAAACGGACCCCGACCAGAACGAAUGAUCUCUCGCAUCAAAUUAAACUCUGUUGACGAGAGCAGGCCUCGCUUGACUGUCAUUCGUGCACCUAAAGGACCAGACGGUACAAAAGGCUUCCAUACAUCAAUCAGAGUUCCGCGUGUACUGACAAAAAGCGUCGAAUAAGAAACUUCAAUCAUGUUCAUCAAUUAUAAUAAAAUUGCAUCAACUGAACACGCAUUAUUUUUAUUUUCGUGCGAUUAAGUUGAAUUCACACUAAAUUAGACAUCUGAAAUUUGAGCAUUCAGAAAUAACUCAGUUCAAGUAUAAACAACAAAGAAAUGACACACGAAUCGACGGAGAGGUUAUAUUGUUUCUAUUGUGUCGGUGCAAAUCAAAAAAAAAAAAUAUUAUGCAGGCCUUUAGUUAACUAUUUUCUAUACUUUAUACUGUACGAUGCAGUACAUGAACAACAAACAAAACCAAAUAAGCGAUAUAUAUAUAUCCAUCAACAAGUAACAAGAUAAAAAAAUAGAGAUUACUUUAUAGAUUGAAAUGUUUUUCUAAAUUGAUGAAUAGAACUUUUCAGUAACAGCCUUUCAACCAAGUUUUGUUUAUGCAAGUAUGUCAUAUUUUCAAAUCACGAUUUCUGGUACUAGAAAAAUGUAAAAGUUUGAGGAAGAAAUUUGUAUUAUUAUUUCAUUCAGAUUGAACGUUUUUGUUUUCAAAUUUAUUUCAAAUGGGCGUACGCAGAGCCGUGAGCAAUUCAGUCAGUUUAAAAAAUGAUUCAUAUUUUUUUACAGUGACAUCAUCCACUAAGUAGUGCUUCAUGAAACUGUUCGAACUCACUGUUCGAAUGAAUGUUCACGAACCCAUUCAUAAUUGGGAAUUGGAUGGGAACAAAACAUGAACUCAAAUAUCAUCAUUUGUUCGACAUGGUUUUAUAUCGUUUCGUACAUCGUGAAUCAUAGGAAAAUGCAAAAUUAAAGCAUGAUGUGGCGAAUUUUUUUCCUCAAUUGCCGAAAAUUUGUUAAGCACUAUUUAGUUUACAUUUGUCAUAAUAUUAAUGGAAUAAAGUAAAAUACCAAUGUUAUGCUACCAUGCUAUAAAAGCGCUUAUUAGUGCUACUUCUGUAAAACUUCAGAUUUCCACGAUUUGUUUUCUCAACUAAUUUUGUUGCUUUAUAUCGUGGAUGUCCUGGUGCAACACAGCUGCUUCUCCACACAGCAGACAAAUACGUCGUAUUUUUAUGCAAUUUUCAAACUAGGAAAAUUUAUGGAAACUGUUUUAUAUUUUAAACGAAGGUAAACAACAUAAUUUGGAGGAAACAUUCUAAUUUUUGAACUUGAACUUUUUGGGCCGUGCUAAAGGCCCAUUGUGUAAUUGACUCGGUUGUGGCCAUUAUACGAACAAAUGAGCGUAUGAAUGUUACUAGUCAGUUAUUUAUGUAACUAGGAAAUUUAAAAAAAAGGGAACGAAAAUACGUGUUAUAUUGCACGAGUUUUACCAGAACACACGAACGACCGUAUAAAAAGAAUGUUUAAAUGCGAAUUUCAUUCAUCAGUUCUAAAUUUUCCGAUUUGUUGUGUCAUGUGGACAAUAGUUUUUCUUUUGCAUCUAAUUUUACUUUUCUGGGCAAGCCUUCGUCAUGCGAUGCACUUUCAUUUUAGUGGCUUACGAUGUUUUGUUCAUUUUAUUGUUGAAAAAAUGUUCUUACAUAUGCGAAUAUGCCUGCGGCUCUGUCCGUCCUGAGGGAUGUAAAAAAACAAUGCGUCGUUGCUCGUUCGCUGUUCCAGUCAUUCUUAUUGCGGCAGAACUGCGGAAAUGCUUUAAUAUUCAUUUUUAGCACAUUUUAAUAGAUUUAGAACAUACCUCAGACGUCGGAAAAAUAUUUCUACAGUCAUUAACAUGAUUGUAAGCAACAAGGAAUCUGGUGUGGGAAAAGACAAAUCUAAUAAUUGAGAAUGAUUAUCAUUUCUUUUUAUUUUUACUCGGCAAUCUGCAAAGAUACGGCAAACUGGAGUAAAAUAGAGUAACAAAGUAGGCAAGCCCCACAAUUUUAUGUUGACCAAAAUAACACCUUAAGGCUAUCGAAAGAAACUAGUAUCCCAACGCAUAUUUCCUCUAAUGAACUUGAUCUAGUCUACGAAACAAAUUAAUAACAGAUCUAUGCAAAUUCAGAAACGCGAAAAUAGGAAUGCCACCACAAAAGCAUGGUUGAAGCAAAAACAAAAGAGCAACAGUUUCAGUACAGCAAAGUAGAUAUUAUGAAACAUUUUUGAAAAUCAUAGCUUAAACCGAUCAAUAGGAAGAAACUGAUAAGUUUUAUUAAUAAAGAGCAAAAUACAUUAUAGGCUUUUGCAAAGGAAAGUAUCUUUUUUCAUUUUGCUUUUAAAAAAGCAUAUGUUAAGCAGCUAAUUAGAGCAUUACUUAUAUAAAAAUACAAAAUCCAACUAACUAAAUGCUACACAUUUUAGCUGUCAAGUUAAAGCAGCACACAUAACAAAUGUGGGCAAAGACAGGUCAUGCGCAUGAUACAGUGGCUAGGUAGAAGAUAUAAGAAAGAAUAAGGCAAACGCAGACACAAGCAGAUAGAGGGAAAUUAAAAAAAAAACGAAGUACAUCUAAAAUUAUACUUUAAACGUGAAAUAUUCACAUGCACACGAAAUAAAAAAAACAUUAUGCAAUAAAUAAUAAUUAAUGAAUGCGCAUUAAGCUUAAAAUAAAAAAAUUAAACCGGGAUCAAAAAAUGAUGAUCAUAGACACGAUCAGUUACAGUGCGUUAAUGUGUAAAUCUAGCUACGCACGCAUAUAAAGUUUUGUAUAUUUCAAACUAGAAAAUUAAUUUUGGCUAGUUCAGUGCGUAAAAAUGGUGGUUUAAUAUUGGAGAAAAUGCUCAUGUAGUUUUACAAAGAAGCAUUCUAAAACAUUUUACGAACGUUAACAUUUAAUUUGGAAAUUUUAUUAUGUUUCUGUAAAAACAAAACUUCAUGAAAACAGUCUUGAUGUAACCACCAUUAGAAAUGUCAACAAUGUUUCAUAAAUCGGACGACAAACGAGGGUACGUAAAUUAUUAAACUACUUACUUUGGUUUUACAUACCUAUUUACCACACGCAAAAAAGAUAUAAACAACAAAACCAUUUUUUAUAUUGAGCUAUGGAUAAAAAUUAAUUAAACUUAUACCACGGCAACGUAGUAAUCCCCAUAGAGAUGUAAAUAUUUGUGUUACGAUUACUUCAUUCAGAUCUGUUUUGCCGUGCUGCUGCAUUUGGGAUGCUAAAGAUACAAUAGCCAUUGUAGCCAAUCCCAAUAUAAAGUUCACUUAUGUAUGUGUGAAGUUUGUUUCAAUAACAUAUCGACGAUCACAAAUCGAAAUUCGAAAAAUUGAUUUUGGAUGCUCCACUAAAAGCAUUCGUGCAAAAGUGGCUGAAAGCCACUUCAUUUUCUGUUACAGAGUUUGUUUCACAAAGAACAUUUGCUUCAUCUGAUUUAAAAUUGCUUUUCGAUGCCUAGCCAAAUUUGACAUAAUACUGGCUCAAACCACGCGCCAUUCCAGCUGAUAUCUUGUUUGCAUCUCUAUGGCGAUCGCUCGAACAAAGAAGUAUGAUAUCCAACAGACGCGACUCGAAUCAAGUAGAUUUGAUGGAGCGUUCUCUGCAGUCUUCACUUCGACACAACUGAGUUAGUCAAUACAGACUUUUUCAGCUAACGUGCAGUAGAUAUUUCAUUUCACUUCGUGACAAUGAACCAUACGAAAGUAACCUUGCGAAUAACGGGCAAGAUAAAAUCGAGUUUUUGAAACUCUUUCCCUUAACUUGGGGGUUUUGUCCGGUCGGAUUUGUAUAUCGUAGACUUAUACGAUGGGUUGUUAGAAGACAAAACAGAUGCUCGGAUGUCGUCUGCUGGCGUUGACUCCAAUCUGGCCAAUCGCGGUGUAGCAUGUUAUAAUUUGAAGGCUUUUGCAUUCGCAACAUCUACGACGGAUUCAAACAACCAUUAACUAUUCUAAACCACCUUCGAGCGUAACAACAGGUUGGUGGUUGGUGUGCUGAAAAAUGAUAAGGUCGAACCAGGACAACAUGGGAACCAGUAUAGGAAAAUAUAAGUUAAAGUUAAACGAAAACCAUGAGAGAAUCAUGGUUAAUAAGUAAUAAAAUAUAUAUUACAUAAAAAAUAGAAAAAAAACUGAAAAAUUAUAAAAAAUACAAAAAAAUGGUAAGACAAACAAAACUUGUAACACAAACGAGGUAUAACAGCCGCAAAUUCUGAUGUAACCAAUAAAACGAACAAACAAAACAAGA